AUGACUAUCGUUCAUUAUGGGGGUCAGGGCAGGCCGUCGCUUGAUAAUGAAGAUCUGGAGAGAGCCGUGGAAGCAAAUCCGGAGGCUAACGCACGGGCGUUAGCAGAAGACCUCGGCGUACAUCAUACUGCAGUAGUUAGACAUUUGGCGGAAAUUGGCAAAGUGAAGAAGAUGUCAAAGUGGGUGCCUCACGAGCUGACCGAAGAGCAGCGUCUGGCACAUAACGGCACGUGUUCUAACCUUUUGAUUCGGUUGAAAAAUAAGCCUUUUCUUAGUGCAUUAUAA